UCUUCAUACCAUUCGGUAAACAUUAUUGCGGUAGUCGUUUGUGCACGGCUGUGUCCUUUUUUUCUCCAAUCGCAAAAUGAUUACAAUUUAAGCGAGCUGGAGAUUCUUUUCCUUAGCGGUGUCCUUUUAGUAUUUAGUCCCGGUUGUGUAACGAAUUCUGUUCAACGCAUCAGUUAGCGUUUUAAUACGUAUCCUCAGCGUAAUCAGUUUACCGCACAAAAUGCAUCCAUUACUCGAGUACCUUAAAAGCCCGGAGCUGGUUGUGAAAGUACAGGAAUAUUUCGGCAUCGAGUAUCAGAAAAAGAGCAACCCCUUAUCCAAAAACCUCAAGAUAACCGGCACACAGAACGGAACAGCCAAUGGGAAAGGUGUGCCUAGCAAUGGAUUCACCGUGAAUCAUGCGGAUGCGAAGAAGAUCGAUGACAAUGAUAAUGCUUAUCGGGUGACGAAUUACUUCUGGUACGUGCUGUUCAUCGUCGGUACCGAGCUGGGGGACGAGAUAUUCUACGCCACGUUUAUCCCGUUCUGGUUUUGGAACAUUGACAGCGCCGUAGGCCGUAGGGUCGUUAUGGUAUGGUCAGCGAUUAUGUACGUAGGACAAAGCCUUAAGGAUAUUAUUCGAUGGCCUCGACCAUCCUAUCCAGCUGCACGGUUGCAGAAAAAAUGGGGACUCGAAUAUGGUAUGCCGUCCACACACGCGAUGGUUUCGGUCGCUAUACCCUUUUCUGUGUUGAUUUAUACGUACGAUCGGUACAUUUACUCUAUGCCGGUUGGAUUGGCAAUUGCCUGCGUGUGGUGUGCUGUCAUAUGCGUCAGCCGUGUUUAUCUAGGCAUGCACAGUGUGCUGGACAUCAUUGCGGGACUAGUACUAGUCGUAUUGUUAAUGAUCCCGCUAAUCCCUAUCGUUGAUCGAUUGGAUCUUAUUAUCGUAACCUCACGCUGGUCGCCAAUAUUCGUAUUUUCCAUAUCUAUUCUACUGAUCGUAUUUUACCCAGAUUCAGGAAAAUGGACACCAACUCGAGGCGAUACCGCCCUCACGGUUAGUGUUUGCGCCGGUAUCGAGCUUGGUGCGUGGCUGCACUUCCAUUUGGGCGAAUUUCAACAACCCGCUCAACCACCACCGUACGAAAUUAUUUGGCCUUCCUACAGCAUGUUCGGUUUGCUACUACUUCGCACCGUUCUCGGCCUUUGUUGCAUCGUAGCGUCGCGCGCUUUUGCCAAAUCGAUCUCGUACGCCUUUGUCUGCUUCAUACUCGGGCGAGACAAGAAUGAACUGCGCCAAUCGGAAAAUACGCUGGAAAACAAGAACAAAAUCAUUGUCGAGCUGUCGUACAAACUGUUCACGUACGGUGUGAUUGGGUUCAACACACAAUACCUGCUACCGAGCGUAUUCAAGCUGUUAAACAUUGGGCGACCGGAUUUUUACACCGAAAUCUAAUCCCUCCACCCAAGCGCGCAUAUGGUAACGCAACCAAAAUGUAUGUGCGUCUAGCGCAAAUCACACAUCGCACAUUCCAUCCACAAACGCCCAGUCACAGUGAGCAAUUUAGCAUGUAGGAAAACAACAAUCACAACUAGGAAUCACAUUUCUUCCAGCAAACGAUAGGUUACCGACAGAACGGUAGUGUUUGCGGUUUUAAGCCACACAUUCUCCACUAUCUUGUUAAACCAUUUUCCUCCUAUGGCUUUGCUCUAGCACAAGUGGCCCCUUCUAUCCACUUGCACUGAACUUAUCGCAGUCGAAUCUUCGUGCAAUGCAUUACAAUAUCUAGAUAGAACACUUUUAGCUACGAACAGUAGUAUCGCUUCAGUUUCCUCUUCACUUAUGGCAUAUCGUUUUAAAAAGCAGGAUACGCUUAAAUGUACCAGUUCCACGAUAGUAGUUAGCAGGCAGCGCAGUAGAACAAAACCAGAACUCUCACAAGCCGUAUACCGUGCUGGUUCGCCGUUUCAUUCAAGUGCUUCCCGUAAAUAUGAGUAAAUAGAAUGAACGACGCUUUUAUAGUAAGAGUAAGAAAAUAAUGAAGCAUAGAGUCCUAUUCCUCACAACAGGGGGAAAACCUUUACUACAGAGCUUAAACAUCGCCACAACGAAACGAAUGAACUUCAUACUGCCAGUAGUAGUAGAAGCAAUUGGUUCGGAUGUUCUUUCAUGUUCUCCUCACGAGCGAAUGCAAAGUAUUCUAGUCUAAACAAAGCAACGAACGAGGGAAACGAGCAGUCGAGAAACGGUUUCACAUAUUCGUGGUAGACCAUUUCCGAUGCACUGCUUGUAGGUUGCAAAAUCAGUACAACGGUACUGUAGGGUUAGUGUUUAGACACAAACAGUUCAUCUCCAUAAGUCCCAAACAGGGGUAUUUGAAUUGUAUCCAAAUUGAUAGAGAAAAAAAACAUUGAAAUAACAAACAAGGAGCGAUACAAUGAAUUUUUUUCCGCUUUUCUUAUCCUCUCAUAACGCAAAUUCACGCAAAUUGUGUGCGUAGGAAACGUCUUUCACGAAAUAAAAGAAUUGAUCAAAAAUUUCA